AUGACUUACGUGUGUGCAAAGCAGAGAGCGAAGUCCAUUCACGGCCGAGUGGCAGCGCACCUCCGACGCACGAGAACCUCCGACGGAACUCCGACGCACCUCCGACGCACGAGAACCUCCGACGCACGAGAACCUCCGACGCACGAGAACCUCCGACGCCGAGACCUCCGACGCACGAGAACCUCCGACGCAGACGACGCACUCCGACGCACGAGAACCUCCGACGCACGAGAACCUCCGACGCACGAGAACCUCCGACGCACGAUCCGACGCAUCUUCCGACGCACCUCCGACGCACGAGAACCUCCCGACCACGCCUCCGACGCACGAGAACCUCCGACGCACCUCCGACGCACGAGAACCUCGACGCACGAGAACCUCCGACGCACGAGAACCUCCGACGCACGAGAACCUCCGAACGCACUCCGACGCACGAGAACCUCCGACGACCUCCGACGCACGAAACCUCCGACGCACGAGAACCUCCGACGCGCUCCGAACGAACCUCCGACGCAGAACCUCCGACGCACCUCCGACGAGCCUCCGACCUCCCGACGCACGAGAACACGCUCCGACGCACGAGAACCUCCGACGCACGAGAACCUCCGACGCACGAGACGCCCUCCGACGCACGAGAACCUCUCCGACGCAAGAGAACCUCCGACGCACGAGAACCUCACGCACGAGAACCUCCGACGCACGAGAACCUCCGACGCACGAGAACCCUCCGACGCCGAGACCUCCGACGCACGAGAACCCCGACGCAAGAGAAGUCUCCGACGCAAGAGGACCUCCGACGCACGAAGAACCAACCUCCGACGCCCGAGAACCUCCGACGCACGAGAACCUCCGACGCAAGAGAACCUCCGACGCACGAGAACCUCCGACGCACGAGAACUCCGAACGCACGAAAACCUCGACGACGACCCCGACGAGAACCUCGACGACGAGAACACGCACGAAGACCACGAGAACCUCCGACGCACGAGACCUCCGACGCACGCACGCACGAGAACCUCCGACGCGCGAGAACCUCCGACGCACGGAACCCCGACGCACGAGAACUCCGACGCUCCGACGAAACCUCCGACGCACGAGGACCUCCGACGCACGAGAACCUCCGACGCACGAGAACCUCCGACGCACGAAACCUCCGACACGAGACCUCCGACGCACGAGAACCUCCGACGCACGAGAACCUCCGACGCACAGAACACGCACGAGACGCACGAGACCUCCGACGCACGAGAACCUCCGACGCACGAGAACCUCCGACGCACGAGAACUCCGCACGACGCACGAGAGACAGAGAACCUCCGACGCAAGAACCUCCGACGCACUCUCCGACGCACGAGAACCUCCGACGCACGAGAACCCUCCGACGCAAAAAACCUCGACGCCCGAGAACCCCCGACGCAAGACCCUAAGGCAGCGACGCAGAGAGAAAGUCCGUGUCUCGGCGAGCGUGUCAUUCGUGCCUCGAAACCGCACGCCCGAACGACUCGCGUUCGCCAUCCUAAAUCAAGCCUAACUUAA